AUGUCGGACAGCACCUACACAGCAAGCGGCAUUUUUCUUGACGUUGUGGACGCUGACUGGGUUCAACAGGCGCUGCCAUUUGAGGAUAUCCUAAUAAACACCGACUUAUUGCCCACUUCGGAGCCCGAGCUAGGUGUCGGCUCGCAAGCUCAGACUUUGGCAGAGGACCGAGUCGCCUGGUCAGAGCAUCACCUCGAAGACCUGCUUCUUCCACGCGUCCCCGCCGACGAUCCUUUUUUUGCUCUUCACAGAUCUUCGAGGUUGCUUUAA